AUGAAGUUGUCUCUUAAAGAAUCUCAAGAGUCGUCAUCAGGUGGAAAUAACAACAAAAAAAUUAAUUUUCUUUAUUCUUCACCACAUUCAUUUAUACAAUUGCGAAAUGCAUCAAACUUCAAUGAUCGCUCCAUUCUUGAUCGAAGGACUAAGAAGUUUCGCCUUCCGAUUCUGUGCUUGCUAAUUUUACCUAAAGCUACGAUUGGAAUGCACGACGAUUCCGUUUUUGUAAAGUUUGAAAAUUAUACUGUUGAUGUUUAUAAAGAUAAGCUGGCGUUAAAUAAAUUUUAUUUCGGUGACCAAUAA